AUGGGGGGCCCCCAAGGAGCCCUGAGGAGCCCUGUGCCAGUGUGGGGGGCCCCCGAGGAGCCCUGUGCCAGCAUGGAGAGUCCCAAGGAGCCCCUUAUCAGCAUGGGGAGCCCCAAGGAGACCUGUGCCAGCAUGGAGGGCCCCAAGGAGCCCCAAGUCAGCUUGGGGGCCCCUGAGGAGCCCUGUGUCAGUGUGGGUCGGGAUGGGCCAAAGCCUGUGGCCUUGUACACUAGCCACAGUCCUUUAGCAUCCCGGCCCCACCUACAGAAGGUUGUACAGACCCUGGCAGGGCUUCUGCUGUCGGAGAUGCUGAGCAAGGUGGUUGAAGCCGCUGCCACCGCUGAGCACGGCCCUCAGGAAGGACGGACCACCAGUAUGGAAGCCACCCGGCACCUCUGCUGCCUGGGCUGCUCCCCUGUGGACCCUAUAGCCACCGAGGAAGAAACCACCAACUGGCAGAGCGAGAGGCUUGCCGCGGCCUCCAGCCUGCCUUCCUGCAACUCCUUCACCAGGCAGGUGUUAUGGAAGCUGCUGGAGGCUGUGAAAGUCGGAGAAGUGUCUUCUUACCAGCAGUUAGCAGCCCUGGUGGGCAGCCCGAGAGCAGCGCGCGCGGUGGGCGGCGCCAUGAGGAGCAACCCUGUCCCCAUCCUCAUCCCGUGCCACAGAGUGAUUGGCAGCGGUGGCACCGUGGGUGGCUACUCUGGAGGGCUGGCCGUGAAGCGGUGGCUGCUGGCCCAUGAGGGUGGCCACAGAAGGGGCGAUCCUGGUUCUGGAGGCAGCAUCUCUGGCCUCCUGCAGCCGGAAGUGUGGCCUGUGUCUCUGUGGUCUCCAACAGAGGGCACUGCAGCUCAGAGCUGGCCGACUGGGGAGACCAUGUCCCCAUCUCCCAGUGAUGAGGAGGGUGAAGUCAAGGAGCCUGGGGUGGGCAGCAUGGCCCCAGCCGCCCUCAGGAAAUGCGGGCAGUGGGAGGGAGGCAGCAGCGUGAGCGACGCAAAUUGCUCUCAGAUGCGGAAGGCCGAUUUUCACGAGGAGAGGACGGGAACACGUGCGGCAGGCCAGCGCUGCCUCAGCCCUGUUGGCUGCCCGCUGCUGCCGGCCCCCCUGCUUCGGGAGGCCGGCCGGGCGGCUGGGUCCACCGCGCAGGUUCUGGACUCUGCUGGAGCAGAGCCUUUGUGGCCCUCCGUCACCCACCUGAGCCUGGCCUCUUCAGAGGACCUCGAGCUGGGAGAGGUGCACAGAGGAGCCCAGCCGUAG